AUGACUUCCGAUCUUCACACUUCACCUAAUGGCCCAUCACACGACCAAGCUGCUGGGCAAACAAGCGCUCCAGUAGGCUCUGGCACUACGCCUUCGUCAAACCAGGCCAAUGUCGGCGCCGAGCAUAGGACAGAUGCCAUUGAGCGGCUGUCAUCUGUAGACAAUGCAUCGUCGCGGGGAGCCAAGGACGAUGUCACCAUCACCGUCCACAACGAUCCACUCGAUCUCCGCAAACACAUGCGCGACGAUGUGACCCAGAAACAGAUGAAGAGUGACUAUCCACUCGCCAAGCCCAGGCACAUGAAGAAGUUCUACACAAGACAGAAUGCCUUGAUCGAUCAGUUCCUCCAGAGCGGAGAUGAAGAGCGCUUGGCUGCUCUUGACAUGGUCGAGAAUGGACCCAAGGUCCGCUUCGCCGUGAACGCUUCCUUCAUCGUCAACUUCUGCCUGUUCAUCAUUCAGAUGUACGCGGCCAUCUCCACAGGUUCGUUGUCGCUGUUCGCAACAGCUGCAGACGCCUUCAUGGACUUGGUCUCGUCAGUGGUCAUGCUCAUCACAUCUCGCAUGGCAGCACGGCCAAGCGUUUACAAGUACCCCGUGGGGCGGACACGUAUCGAGACGAUCGGCAUCAUCAUGUUCUGCUGUUUGAUGACAACGGUAGCCAUCCAGCUCAUCAUCGAGUCUGGGCGUUCCUUGGCUGGCGGUGCCACGGAAUCUGAAGAACUCCACAUCAUCCCCAUUGCUUUCGUUGCGACAGCCAUCUUCUGCAAAGGCUCCCUGUGCGUCUACUGCUUCAUCUAUCGGCGUUACCCCGCUGUCCACGUCUUCUUCAUCGACCACCGCAAUGAUAUUGUCGUCAAUGCCUUUGGUCUUGCCAUGUCGAUCGUCGGAAGCCGCGUCGUCUGGUAUGUCGACCCUAUUGGUGCCAUUCUUAUCGGUCUUUUGAUCUUGGUUUCCUGGGCUGCCAAUGCUUUUGACCACGUCUGGCUGUUGGUCGGCAAGUCCGCACCCAAGGACUACAUCAGCAAGUUGAUCUACAUGGUCGUCACGCAUGACGAUAGGAUCCAGAGAGUCGAUACUUGCCGCGCGUACCACGCUGGACAGAACUACUACGUUGAGGUAGAUAUUGUCAUGGAUGAGGGUCUGCCGCUGAAGGUUACUCAUGACGUGUCGCAGACCCUGCAGAGGAAGCUCGAAGGUCUUGCCGACGUUGAGCGAGCCUACGUGCACGUCGACUACGAAAGCGAGCACGACAUCUUCGAGGAGCACAAGCCCCUCUAUGAAGUCACGCAGUCGAAGACCAUCAAGGAGCGCGUCAAAGCGCUGCGCUAUCUUUUCAAGAAGAACGAGAAGGGUGCCUGA